GGUGCUGAAAUUGAAAAUUAGUUGACCAACAGACGCCAAAGAGGCAUAUCGGUGUUCAGCUCUUAAUAAAGUCUUAUUUCAAAAAAACUCCCUCAACAUGGAUGGCAUUGAUGAUGAUCUUACCCCCGAGCAAAUCGCUGUCUUGCAAAAGGCUUUCAACAGUUUCGACAGUCAAAAGUGUGGCAGUAUCUCCACUGAAACCGUCGCCGAUAUCUUGCGUUUGAUGGGUCAAGCCUUCGACAAGCAAAUCUUGGAUGAACUCAUCGAAGAGGUCGACGAAGAUAAGUCUGGUCGUUUGGAAUUCGAAGAAUUCGUACAAUUGGCUGCCAAAUUCAUUGUUGAAGAAGAUGCUGAAGCUAUGCAAAAGGAAUUGCGUGAAGCCUUCCGUUUGUAUGACAAACAAGGCAACGGUUAUAUUCCCACCUCCUGCUUGCGUGAAAUCUUGCGUGAAUUGGAUGAUCAAUUGACCAAUGAAGAAUUGGACAUUAUGAUUGAAGAAAUCGAUUCUGAUGGUUCCGGUACCGUUGAUUUCGAUGAAUUCAUGGAAAUGAUGACUGGUGAAUAAAUUCCUCGUCUUGUUUGCUAUCUUGCAACAACACUAACAUUCUCAUCAACUCUAUACGUUUUCUAUGGAAAUUUCUUCAUAAGAAACCCUACAACAAUAACAUCAACACAUACACCUACACCAAAAAACAAAAAAAAAGAACAUCAAACAGAUAGUCAAAUUAUAUUCAAAUUUACACAAACAUCAAACAAAACAAAAAAACAACAACAACACAUAAUGUAAUUUUAAACAAACCAAAAAUAAAUAAAUUUGUACUUUUUUUCUAUUUUACUUAAA